UACUACACUACACCUCAAGUUGUGUGGAAGUGAAACUACGAGCUCUUCAAAUGGGUCGUAGUCGAACCCCAUCUCCAGGUAGACGGAGAGAUCGGUCUCGCGAGAGAGACAGGGAUCGUGACCGACGAAGAAGACGAUCCAGGGACAGAAGGCGAAGAUCUGGCGAUCGGGAUAGAGUUAAGUCACGAGAACGUGAUAGAGAGCGCGACAGGGAGCGCGACAGACAUAGAAGAUCUUACAGCAGAUCCAGAUCCAGGGACCGAGAAAGACCUAAACCAAAAUUUAAGCCUCCUACUGCCGAACGUCCCAUUAUUACAGAGGCUGAUCUCCAAGGAAAAACUCCUGAGGAACAGGAUAUGAUGCGUUUAAUGGGAUUCUGCGGAUUUGACACGACGAAAGGUCGUUGUUUUUUAACUGCUUCGUACGCUGCAUAAGCUGAAUGCAGGUUUGCAGUAUAUAGCGGUGAAACAAUUCCUUUUCUUGCAAUCUGCGCGAUUCGAUUUGAGAUGACCAGGGCACAGUAUCGCUACAAUACGUCAAAUGGAUUGCAUACUCAAGAGAUUUCAUGAAAAAGUAUGUGAAAUAAUUGUUUGCGUCAAAAUCCGACAUUUUACUAAAAUUAAUAGAUAUGGUAUUAUUUUCGAGCAAGAAAAUUACAGCAUUAACCUAAACUGAAUUUAUUAAGGUGAAAAAUGACCCAGGGUGUUUGAUACCCACUAUCCUCUCGCUUCAUAUCGCGUCGAGAAUUUGUAGAUCGUUUUAGACCUAUUUACAUAUAAUCUAAAUUACAUUCGAUGCUCCCAAAUUUGCAAGAGAUAUACAGGUAACUCAUAUGCUUCCAUUGCCUUGUGAGGUCGAUGUAAAUUUAUAUACAAGUGUGUUACAUAAACAUACUUACGAAUAUAGAAGAGUAACUAUUUUGAGUACGGUUUCUAGAUCUAGAAUAGUUUGUGGUAGUUUAAUGGCUACAUUGCGCCCAGGUUUCUUGAAGGAGGCAUCUGUAACAUCCUUGUCUUUUUUCUUCUUACCCUCACCUUUCUUUACCUUCGGUGCAGGCUGAAAUUGUUGGCAUUAUGAUAUCAAGAUAUUCAGCACAUCGUUUUAGGCUACUACAUUGACAGUAAUUGUUACCUUUGUGCGGGUGAUAAGUCGAUUGUAGCCAUCAAAUAACGUGUAAAUCUUGUGGGCAGGAUUCGUAGAAUCAUUUGACCAAGUAACAAUUCUGUAUGCAAUGAGAGCUUCAUAAACUGUUAUCAUCUCUUUCAAGUUAUGAAGUUUCUCUUGACACUCUGGUAUAUUGUCUAAUAGAUCAAUAUCAUGAUCCUGAAAAUUACGGGAUUGAAGCUAAUACUGUGAACGUCAAAAAUUUUUUCCUUUUUAAAUCACUAUUUUUUAACUUUAUAAUAACUUUGGCAUAGUUGAGUUAAUGAAACCACAGUAUGUAGUAGCGUAUUACAGUUCAAUGAUCCUCAGGAAAUUCCGAAAAUAAUGAAU